CUAAAUCCUAAAAACAUCAUGGAUUCGUUGCCGGAGGAUUGUGUUUCAAAGAUCUUGUCGUACACAUCUCCACCUGACGCAUGUAGAUUCUCAAUGGUGUCUUCAACCCUGCAUUCAGCCGCUGACUCUGACCUUCUAUGGAAGAGCUUCUGUCCCUCUGAUUAUCAUCGCAUUCUCGCAAGGGUUCUUCAUCCCCACACCCUUGAUUCCUCUUCUUACAAAAACCUCUUCUUUUCUCUCUGUCAUCCACUUCUCCUAGAUGGUGGCAACAUGAGCUUCAAAUUAGAGAAGUGUUCAGGCAAAAAAUCUUACAUCCUAUCCGCAAGACAAUUGUCGAUAGCGUGGAGCAGUGACCCCUUGUACUGGUGCUGGAGAACGGUUCCUGAAUCAAGGUUCAAAGAGGUGAUAGAGCUGAGAAUGGUGAGCUGGUUAGAGAUUCGGGGGGGAAUAUGGACGCGGGUUCUAACAGCGAACACGUGGUAUGCGGUUUAUCUGAUAAUGAAAAUUUCGCACCGGAAGUACGGGCUUGAUCGGGUGGCGUGUGAGGUGAGUGUUGCAGUGGGGGAGAAAGUGCAGAGUGGAAAGGUUUAUCUGUGCGAGAAAGAUGAGAAGAAGGGUAAGAAGGGGAGUGUGUUGAAGAUGGAAGAAGAGGAAGUUAUGGGAGUUGCAGAAAAAAGAGAAGAUGGGUGGAGGGAAAUCAAGGUGGGUGAGUUCUUCAGUGGUGAGAAUGACGAACAAGUUACGAUGAGUUUGAUGGAGCUGGGUUACAAGUUGAAGGGUGGACUUGUCGUGGAAGGCAUGGAAAUCAGACCCAAACAUCAUCGUUCUUAAUUCUCCAACUUCAUAAUCACGUUUUCACUAUUUUUUUUUUCCUAUUUUUUACAGUAUAUAAUAAAUUAAUUUCUCUUUUUCUUUGUAUAUUAUAUUUUUUUUUAUCUUCAAUAAAUAUCUGCUUUCCCUUCAA